CCUCAUUUCAACACCCUCUUCUUCUUCUACUACCACGUCUACUUCUUACCGUCAUCCUGCAGGUCUCUUUUCUGCUCUUGCUGUUUUCGUCUUGCAUUUAGCCAGUUCUGUCUCUGUGUCAGCAGGCCUCAUUGGUCUCUUUUCCCAACGAAUCCAAUCCCGUCCAUCCAUAUUUAAGCUGCCACCGCUUUGCAGUCCUCCUCUCCAACCACUUGUGACCGGCUAAAGAGUGUCCUUGCCAUGGCAAACCGUCGUUACGUCGACGAUGUGUCUAUUGAUCGAUACGAAGACCGCCGAGACUACGCUUCCAGAGGCAGUCGCCGGGUCUACGAAGAUCGUUAUGUGGAUGAAGAAUCGGACUAUCGUCGUUCUGCACCCGUCCGUGAGCGUGAAAGUCAACGAGAAGUACGAGAGGUGCUUGUUCGAGAUGAGGUCCGAGACCGUCCAGGAUCUACUCCUGCGUUCUUAAGAGAAGACUACGGCCGAACCACUGCUGGCCCAGUGGUGCUACGAGCACGCGAACGGGAAGAGUUUGAUUACAUCCCUCGACCUCGCCGACGAUCUCCCUCUCCUGAGCCAGAAAGAAAAGUCGAGAAGGAGCAGAUCAUCAUUAGAGAACGAGCAGAAUCAGAGUCGAGGCCACCACCUCGCAUAAGAGAAAGAGAACGGGAGGUCGAUCGAGAAGAGAUCAUUAUCCGUCGAGACGAGAGAGACGUGGAUCGGAGGCCACCGCCGCCUCCACCUGCCCCUCGUGAGCGCGAACGGGAGGAGAUUGUCAUUCGAAGAGAGGACAGAGACCGAGACGUGCGGCCUGGUCCGCCGAGAGAUUCCAGAGAAGAAAUCAUCAUUCACCGAGAUGAAGAUGACCAUCGGUCUCGGUAUGAUGUGGACUUCGACGACACAAUUUCCAGACGGGGUGACUAUGGAAGGCGGCCAGCAAGAGAAGCUGAUCGAGACGAGAUCAUUAUCCGACGUUCCGAGCAGACUCUGGAUCCUGGUAGAUACGACGAUUACGCCUUGACUCGUCCCAAAUCACGUGAGCGAGCCAGGUCUCGGGCACGACGCUCCAGUAGCUCUGGCUCCAACCAGGAAAUCAUCAUUCGGCAGGAGGAACGGGAAGGCCGCAACCGUGAGCGGCAAGAGAUCAUCAUCCGCAAGAACUCUCGCUCGAGAUCCCCCACUGCUUCAGUGGUGUCGGCACUACCGCCUGCACCACCUGAGCCACAAACAAUCAAUGCUCCCACCAUCCAUCAGGAGGUCAUCACUCAUCACCGCCAUAUCGACCAUGGCUUCGAAGUUGCAAUUCCAACGCGACCUAGGCCGAUCACCCGUCCCCCAUCGCCUCCAAGUCCACCGAUGUCUCCUCCAGGCCCUCGACCUCCUCGUGCCCGCUCAGAGGAGCGAAUUGAGAUUAGCAGGACCCAGACAAGGAAUGGCCGUACUGAGAACGAAAAUAUUGUGAUUGAUCGCAAUGAGGGAGCCAGAAGUGUAGCUCCCUAUUCUCCCCCUCAACCACCAAGAGACUAUUAUGAUGCUCCACCUCCACGCCGUGAGGCUUAUCGUGACUACGACCGGGAUGUGCAGGAGGAAGCAGAGUACUACAAUGGCCGUGCCAUGGAGCGCGCCUACAUCGGUGAAGCAUAUCGUGGUGCGACAAAAGAUUGGGCCAUUGUGGACGUCCCUCCCGGAACCAACCGUGUUCGUAUGGAUGGGGCAGGUGGCGGAGCUCAGGAAAUUACCUGGCAGAGAUACAAUGGAGUACGGAGAAGCAAGUUCAUGCCAGAGGGAGAAGAAAGAUAUGGUGAGAUUGGUAGGCCUGCUCCCUUGCCAGCGCCAACUCCCUUGCCGCCACCGUUGCCUGUACCCGCGCCGGUUCCAGCAUCGAACGGAGAUAUUGGACGACGGUAUGGCAGAAUGCCAGAUCCUAGAGAUGGGCUGUGGACGGAGAUUACCAAGGAUCUUGUUGUCAAAGAAGCAAUCCAGGAGAUGGGCUACGAGUAUGAGGAGACUGAUGAUUUCUACUAUAUUAUUGCGUAUCUGCGAUAUGAAGAUGUUGCUCGCCUCGUAGGGCUAUCGGAAGAUAUCCGCAAAGACCGGAAGAAGCGCAUCAAGGAGAUGGAAUGGGAGAACCGAGUCUUGCCUCCUGUCGCGGUCGAAGAGCCUACCCGUCCACUUAUGAUCGAACCACCUCCGCCACCCCGUCUACGUCAAGAGUGGGAUCGAGAAGAGGAGCGCUAUAUCGAGCGUGAGGUUGUUUACAGAGGAGGACGGCCACCGCCACCGCCUGGUUGGGUCCGACGUUGAGCGCUUUCACUCCACAAAACACCCAGGCGCACAUCCCUACGUGCGAGUAAAACCAGGUCAACUACAUAAGCGCUUGUCAGGAGUUGCAAUGACGAAAGAUGUCGGUCGCUAAACUGAAGCCUCGGCUUGAUUCCAGAUGUCGGCCUCCCUUCUAACCCGUGCUUGGGCCAGUCUGAGCACUUAACGAGGACCGGAAUAAUACCGUUCAGGGUACUUCCAAAACACUAUACCGAGUCAGGCUACAUCAGAGGGUCAUCAUUGCCGGCGGUGGCAGUUCUGCUCGCCUGGUUGCAUGCGGCCUGAAGGGAUCGCCGACCACAAGAGCAUAUUCCGUACGGGUAUGACUGCCCCAGUCGAAACGAAUUUUCUUUACUAGUUCGAUGGUACGACCAAAAAAAUCUACGACUAUGAAUCAACGAAACUACGAUAUACAUGAAAUAAAAUCAGCUGUGUACGUGUCACGAGCGCCCACUAUUUUGUGUCUGCAUUUCAGCAAGCGUGGACUUGUUUGGGUCUGUCUUUCGGGAAAGUCUUAUGUUGGAUGAUUUGCUGGAGAGGGCUCUUUUCUUUCGUGAAGGAUGUUGGAUAUGGCUUACUUCUGCUGAGUCGAGGGAGCGCGGUAAUGGAGGGGUUCUCAGAUAGAAGAAUGACGCAUGACAGUGUUGGGAAUCUACCUAGAUAGCAUCGAAGUUCCGUAUUUCUUCGCAAAACUGCUGCUCAAUGGGACUAUGGCUCUG